CCCUCCAGCAUCUGGACGGAGUGCAGACCGAAGAGGGGGGAGCCCAGGACCGCCUGAGGGGGGGAAGCCGGUUCCGGCCCCGCUUCUAGGCUGCUCCCCAGCUGAUCUCGCCCUGGGAUCUGAGUCCAGAAAGCAGGAGGAGGAGACUCUGAGGACAGAAAUAUGGGCCCUGUGGGCUGCGUCUUCCUCCUGCCUCUUCUGUUGGGGAUCUCAGGCACAGAUGAGGAGGAACCCGAGGAUCUCGUCAAGUCAAUCUGCGGGCGGCCCGCGGUUUUCUCUGGCAUCGUCUCCGGCCUGGAGGCCAACGUGGGGCAGUGGCCCUGGCAGGUCAGCAUCCGCCAGGGCUUGUCUCACGUCUGUGCCGCCUCCCUCAUCUCAAAGCAGUGGGUGCUGACAGUGGCAAGCUGCUUCCAGUCUAAGGACCCCAGAAAAUAUGAGGUACUGGUGGGGUCACUUCAGGUCUCCGGUUACCAAGGCCCCAAAACAGCGGUCAUCCCUGUGUCCAGGAUUAUCCCCUACCCCGGCGUCCAGGGACACGCGCCCAGUGCCAUCGCUGUGGCAGAGCUGGCCCGCCCGCUUUCCUUCAGCCCUCUGGUCCUGCCCAUCUGUCUCCCGACAUCAGCAGUCCAGCUGAAGAACGCAGCCUCCUGCUGGGUGACUGCAUGGGACAAUCCUGGGAUAUUCCAGUCUAUGACACCACCUUACACACUGAAGGAGCUACAAGUGCACCUCAUUGAUCUCCAGACAUGCAAGAAGUAUCAGAAAGAAAGCUUGUUGCGAGAAGCCGAGCCCAUCAGUGAAGCCAUGAUCUGUUCCCGGCUCCCAGUGGGGCAGCCAGGCGCGUGUAUAGCCAGUAGAGGAGAUCCCCUGAUGUGCAGAGUGAAGGACUUCUGGGUUCUAGCAGGAGUGAUGAGCUGGGGAUCAAACUGCAUCGGAAUCGACGAGCCUGGAGUAUUUACAAACAUCAGUUUCUACAAGUCUUGGAUUGAGAAGUCAGCCGUCUCAUAUGCUGACCUUUCUGCUACCCCCAGAUCAGACUUCUCCAGGUUCUUCCCGGUAAUGCUUCUGCCUCUCAUAUUCCUGGGGCCACCCUAACUAGCUGAGGGAGAAAGAGGAAAUGCUCUAAGUUGAGGAUUUUGAGAGAGAUUUUGAAGAUUCAGCAAGAAAGAAGCAGGUCAGCUCCCUCGAGGCACAGCCCCCAGGAGCCACAUCUGCUUGCUGCCUUGUCUCCUACAGGUCAACAUGGAAAGCAAGGUGCCCCGUGUAAAUAAAGUUUGGUUGAUUCUGUUAUUUCUCAUAUUCAUUUUUUGGAUGAAACUGGAGUCGGGGCCUGGGGAAAUACAGAAGCAGAGAACUUUAGGGCUGAAAGGGAUCGGGAAAUCCCUGACCCAAUCAAUCCCCCACAUUCUACACAGAAGCAGCAGCUAGGGUCCAGAGAGGUGAACUAGCUUGCCCUUGGCUGAAUUAAAUUAAACCAUCCAAUCUGGGACUAGACUGAGUUCUAAAGAAAAAUCAGGGACUUGGAGGAUUAGCAGGUUUCAGUGGAAGCACAUUAGGCAAGAGGAGCCUAGUGCAACAUGUUAGCUAUCUACUGCUGUAUAACAAAUUACCCCAAAACUGGAGACAACAUUUACUAUCUCUCAGUGUCUGUGAAUCAGGGAGACUUAACUAGGUAGUUCCUACUAACGGUGUUUCAAGAGGCUGCUUGCUGCAAACUGCAGUCAUCUUCAAGUUCAACUAUUGACAGAAAGAACCUGCUUCAAGGUCACUCUCAGAGGCCUCUCUGUGGGGAGAGAGGGCAGUUGGCUUCAUACACAGUGAGUGAUCCAAGAUAAAGUGACAGAAAACACCCCAAAGGGAAGCUGCAGUCUUUCUAUAACCAGAAAGACAUCUCAUUACUUCUGUUGUAUUCUAUUCUUUAGAAGUGACUCAACAAGGUGUAAAUAUCAGGAGGCAAGAAUCACUGCAGACACAACAGCCACCUUCUACAAAUGCAAUAGGGAAGGAUCUGGAGGUGAAAACUGGCUCUGUUUAGCAGUCAGACAUGAAGCAGAGGCGUGGGGUUAAACUGAAGUUUGGGGAGA